UCUAGAGCAGCGCUGGCACCAAAAAACCAUGGCUGGGAUUGUAUAUUUCACCGUCUUUUCGCUUUUCUUUGGGAUUUGCGAGGGGGUCACCGGCUCUCGGAUAUAUCCGGCCAAUGAAGUUACCUUAUUGGAUUCCAGAUCAGUUCAGGGUGAACUUGGCUGGAUAGCAAGCCCCUUAGAAGGAGGGUGGGAAGAAGUCAGCAUUAUGGAUGAGAAAAACACACCAAUCCGCACUUAUCAAGUCUGCAAUGUAAUGGAACCAAGUCAGAACAACUGGUUACGGACUGAUUGGAUUCCCCGUGAAGGGGCUCAGAGGGUUUACAUUGAAAUCAAGUUCACCCUAAGAGACUGCAACAGCCUGCCAGGUGUUAUGGGAACUUGCAAGGAGACUUUUAACCUCUACUAUUAUGAAUCAAGCAAUGACAAAGAGCGUUUUAUUCGAGAAAGCCAGUUUGCCAAGAUUGACACCAUUGCUGCUGAUGAGAGUUUUACUCAGGUAGACAUUGGUGACAGGAUCAUGAAAUUAAACACAGAGAUACGUGAUGUGGGCCCACUGAGCAAGAAGGGAUUUUAUCUGGCAUUCCAGGAUGUAGGUGCUUGCAUUGCCUUGGUGUCUGUUCGUGUCUUCUACAAGAAAUGUCCCCUGACAGUCCGUAAUCUGGCUCAGUUUCCAGAUACAAUCACAGGGGCUGAUACAUCUUCUCUGGUUGAGGUUCGUGGUUCAUGUGUCAACAACUCAGAAGAGAAGGAUGUGCCAAAAAUGUACUGUGGGGCAGAUGGUGAAUGGCUGGUACCCAUUGGCAACUGCCUGUGCAAUGCUGGGUAUGAAGAGCAUAAUGGAGAAUGCCAAGCUUGCAAGAUUGGAUACUACAAAGCCUUCUCAACAGAUGUUGCCUGUGCCAAGUGCCCACCUCACAGUUUCUCCAUCUGGGAAGGUUCCACUUCUUGCACCUGUGAUCCAGGCUUUUUCCGAGCAGAAAAUGAUGCUGCUUCCAUGCCCUGUACUCGCCCUCCAUCUGCCCCUGAGAACUUGAUUUCCAAUGUCAAUGAGACAUCAGUGAAUUUGGAAUGGAGCCCUCCCCAGAACAAAGGUGGUCGUGAAGAUGUCUCUUACAACGUGGUGUGUAAGAGAUGUGGAGCCAGUGACCUGAACCGCUGCCGGUCCUGUGGGAGUGGUGUGCACUUCAGCCCUCAACAGAAUGGUUUGAAGUCCACCAGGGUUUCCAUUACUGACCUUUUGGCGCAUACCAACUACACCUUUGAAAUCUGGGCAGUGAAUGGAGUAUCCAAGCAAAAUCCAAGCCAAGACCAAGCUGUGUCUGUUACUGUGACCACUAACCAAGCAGCUCCUUCUCAAAUUGCUUUGAUCCAAGCUAAGGAAAUAACAAGGCACAGUGUGGCAUUGGCUUGGCUGGAACCUGACAGGCCAAAUGGAGUCAUCCUGGAAUAUGAAGUCAAAUACUACGAAAAGGACCAAAAUGAGCGUAGCUAUCGCAUUGUGAAAACAGCAGCCAGAAAUACUGAUAUCAAGGGCUUGAAUCCUUUGACUUCAUACGUUUUUCAUGUGCGAGCAAGGACAGCAGCUGGAUAUGGAGACUUCAGUGGACCGUUUGAAUUCACAACCAACACAGUUCCUUCUCCCAUCAUUGGGGAAGGCACCAAUCCCACUGUCCUUCUGGUCUCAGUGGCUGGCAGCGUUGUCCUCGUGGUCAUUCUCAUUGCUGCCUUUGUCAUCAGUAGGAGAAGGAGCAAAUACAGUAAAGCUAAGCAGGAAGCAGAUGAAGAGAAACAUUUAAAUCAAGGUGUCAGAACCUAUGUAGAUCCCUUUACUUAUGAAGAUCCCAACCAAGCUGUGCGGGAAUUUGCCAAAGAAAUUGAUGCCUCAUGCAUAAAGAUUGAAAAAGUCAUAGGUGUCGGUGAAUUUGGUGAAGUUUGCAGUGGUCGUCUCAAGGUUCCAGGAAAGAGGGAGAUCUGUGUUGCUAUCAAGACUCUGAAAGCUGGCUACACAGACAAACAAAGAAGGGACUUUUUGAGUGAGGCCAGCAUAAUGGGACAAUUUGAUCAUCCCAACAUCAUCCACUUGGAAGGAGUAGUCACUAAAUGCAAACCUGUCAUGAUUAUAACUGAGUACAUGGAGAAUGGUUCUUUGGAUGCCUUUCUCAGGAAGAAUGAUGGCAGAUUUACUGUAAUCCAGUUGGUAGGAAUGCUUCGAGGCAUUGGUUCUGGAAUGAAGUAUUUGUCUGACAUGAGCUAUGUUCAUCGGGAUCUAGCUGCUCGAAACAUACUAGUUAACAGCAACUUGGUCUGUAAAGUUUCUGAUUUCGGUAUGUCCCGUGUUCUAGAAGAUGAUCCUGAAGCAGCCUAUACUACUAGGGGUGGAAAGAUUCCUAUCAGAUGGACUGCACCAGAAGCAAUUGCCUAUCGUAAAUUUACAUCAGCUAGUGAUGUCUGGAGCUAUGGAAUUGUAAUGUGGGAAGUGAUGUCAUAUGGAGAGAGACCUUAUUGGGAUAUGUCCAAUCAAGAUGUUAUUAAAGCCAUUGAGGAAGGCUAUCGGCUUCCACCUCCAAUGGACUGCCCCAUUGCUCUACAUCAGUUGAUGCUGGAUUGCUGGCAGAAAGAACGUAGUGACAGACCUAAAUUUGGACAGAUUGUCAACAUGUUAGACAAACUCAUCCGCAACCCCAACAGCUUGAAAAGGACAGGCUCAGAAAAUUCCAGGCCUAAUACUGCUUUGCUGGAUCCUAGUUCUCCCGAAUUCUCAGGUGUAGUUUCUGUUGGCGAUUGGCUUCAAGCUAUUAAAAUGGAGCGAUACAAGGAUAACUUCACAGCUGCCAGCUAUACUACCCUAGAGGCUGUGGUGCAUAUGAACCAGGAUGACCUGGCAAGAAUUGGAAUUACUGCCAUUGCACACCAGAAUAAGAUUCUGAACAGCGUCCAAGCAAUGAGGACCCAAAUGCAACAAAUGCACGGCAGAAUGGUUCCAGUUUGAGACAGUACUGAAUAAACUCUAAACUUUUGAAAUUAGUUUACCUCAUCCAUGCACUUUAAUUGAAGAACUGCACUUUUUUACUUCUUCUCCUUGCCAUUGAAAUAACAAUAAUAAUGAUUUGCAGCACUGUUUCAUAUAUAAAGAUUGCUAAUAGUGUUGCAAGGAGGGAACCUACAGAAAUGACAGACUGUCAUUUGAGAACAAGCCUGGAACAAAUUGUUUCCUGGAAUAUACUUAGAUGUGGAUCAACAUUAUGUAAUAUACUUGUAUCUAUAAAACAUCCAUUCAAGUUCUGAAGCUGUGUUUCCUGCCAGAUACUGUGCUUAAACAAAGGAAAUACUGUUGUUCCCCCCAGCAGCCAUGGGAUUACAAUUAUUGUGUUUGAUCUGUGGAUAAACCAUUUUUUUUUCAUCUUUUAUUGGAACAAAGAAUCUUCUGAACCAGGAAAUGUUGGCAUAUUCUAAGCAUCCAUGGUACUUUGCAGAAAGCUUGAAGGAGAAUAUUAUUUGGAUGAUCAGUGCCUCUCAAGAUUUAUCCACUUGUGAUCUGAGACAGGAAGCAACCUUCAUUGAUUACUGGAUUUAUUUAUUUUAUUUUAUUGAGAGAGGAAUGUUGGUAGCUGUUAUGGUUGCUGUUGCAUUACACUGAGUAUAUCUGUCAUGGUUCUAGAAAUCAUCUUACUAGUCAGCCAUUCUUAGUUAUGGAUUUUCCAAAUCUGCACCUUUCCAACCUAUAAGAGGCCACUGAUAGUGCAACACUGAAAAGGCAAAAUGGAUCCUGCUUUCUUGGAAUCUGGCCUUCCUGGUGAUCAUCUUGACUUUGGAGGAUAAUAGACUAGAGACAAGCGCCUUCAACUGUCCCAGUUUAUUCGGCACUGACUGUAGAUAAAAUGGACCGUGAAUAAGCAGCUUUACUCCCUGAAGAGUAUCUCUUUGGAUUUCUUCCUUUUUUAAAAGGUUUUGUCAGCAACAAAAAGCAAAUAUAAGAUCCAGAUAAAGUUCUUUUAUUUCCACUUAAGGAAUGUACUGUAUCAAAGCCCUAUAGACAUAUACACACAUACUACACAGACACACAGACACACACACACACAUGCUGUGUUUUGGUUUUUUUUCUGCAUGUUGUUGCUACAUCUCUCCAAAUGUAAGUAUCGGAGCCAUAAAGGAUACCAGGGUCAUGUACCCCAGUGCAGAACUUGGUUAAUAAAAGCUGAGACUGCAUAUGAUAGUCCAGCGAUACUUUACAGAAAGUGUGCCAAUACUAUAAUGUCAAUAUUUUUUAAUAGAAUGGAAAGUAACUUAUUUCUUCCAAGAUUGUGUGAGGGUAUGUAUGGCUUGUGUGUGUGUGUGUGUGUGUGCAUGCACAUGUAAUAUGUUUGUUCGUUGCCUGUUGCACAGGGCCACCUGUGAAUAUGCAGAUAGCAUCUCAAGAUAAUUUGACAGUUUGUUGCUGGGCUGUUGAGUUACCAGGCCAGUAGGUGAGCUAUGCAACAGUAGGGAGAAAACACACAUACUCCUGAAUGUUCCAGUUCUGUAUCUAUACAUAUAUUAUGUAGCUGCCACACUAACCUUAAAAAUUAGUUCUCUAGCCUAGAGCAGGGGCACUUUCACUUUAGUUGUGAAGUGAUCCAUCAUGAGUUCCAUAAUGGCUAAAGAACAGCAUUGAUAAACAUUAGUCUUGCCAAGGCUGUUCAUUACUGAAUCAGUGAUACCUUAAGGUAAAGUAGGUAGAGAAGAAAUCUUCAUCCAUCAGCAGGUUGCUUUGAACUGAACUAUUCAGUGGCAUUUUUCUUUUCCUGAGAAAACAGUCUUGAAAAGACUUGUUGAACACAAACAGAAAUAUGCAAUCCUUAUCCAUUCACAGAAAUGAAUUAUCCCAUUUGCCAUUUGCAAGGAUCUCUGGGCUUACAAAUUGACUGUUUAGCAAAUUGUUUAUUCCGCCC